AUGGAUUUCAUAUUCCACGUCGACCUGUCCACAGCCUACGUCGUCCUUCGUCGGGACUUUGACACAUCGCAAGACGCACACGGCUCCCAGUCCUCCCCAGUCGGUGCUGGGUUUUAUUAUUCGGCCGAGGCGGCCAACGAGGCGGCGCGAGCACACUGCUCCAGGGAAGCCGCAAAGAACCGAAACUUCAUGAGCGAGAGGGCCGUCCACUUUGAGAAGAACGGGCUCUACAUGGGCGGGUGCAUCAUGCGUGCGGAGGACAGGCACAGGUUCGAGGUCAAGGUCAAGAAGCUCAGGGCGAGGGGCAGCUGGGCCGGGGGCGGAAGCGAGCUGACGUUGGGUGGGAGGAGGGCGGGAAUCUCAAGCCAGUCGAGGAGGAGGGCCAAGUUGAGACAGAGGGCGAAAGUCUCGGCAUUCCACUCGCAAUACGCCUCGGGCUGGGGCCAGGAGAGAUGGCAUAACUCGCUGUAUCCUGCGCUCGCGAAGCCCACCCGCUAUGCCGCGCUGGUGAACCAAUACGUGCCCUCGUCUGAGAUUGACAAGAUUCUCUCGGCAGGGCCACAAGGCGAACUGCGCCGGAUCCGGUUUCCAAGUUGCCCUUCCCUGGACGGGGUCGAUGCCACGACGAGACCUAGGAUCGUGGCCGUGGAGCACGUCUCGCCGGAGACACCAGAGCCAGAUGCCUCCGAACACGAGCACGUUCUCUUCCCUCCCCCGAAGGCUGUUCCUACACCGUCCAACUCCGGCAAGGCGCUCCAGUCACAUUGGAACCUAGACGCCGCCUCCGCGCUUUGCGCCCACAUGCUCGACGUCCAGCCCAACGACCGGGUCCUGGACCUCUGCGCCGCACCAGGCGGCAAGUCCGUCGCCCUGGCCCAGCUGAUUUUCCCGCACCUGCACGCCGAUUCCCCAGCACCAGCACCAGCAGCCACGACAAAACCAGGCUGCCUGCACUCCAACGAGGUCGACCACGCGCGCAACAAGCGCCUGGCCGCCAACCUGCGGGCUUACCUGCCCGAGCCGCUCUUUGGCGGGGACGGUGCGGCCGGCGCGGUGCGGGUCCUGCGACUCGACGGCUCCGACCCCCGCGCCGUGACCCAGCUGCCCUGCGGGCCGGGGGGCUACGACCGCGUGCUUCUGGACGCCCCUUGCUCGUCGGAGCGGCACAUCAUUCACGCCCACGUCAAGGCGUCCGCCGGCGGGCGCGUUGCGGACGAGAUGGCCCGGUGGAGGAGGGGAGGGUCCAAGACGCUCGCGAAGCUGCAGACCGAGCUGCUCAUGACGGCGCUCAAGGCUGUCAAGCUCGGGGGCAGGGUGGUUUAUUCUACCUGCUCCAUCGAGGCGGGCGAGAACGACGGCGUCAUAGAGAAGAUGCUGGCCGCUGUGGAGAAGGACAGGAAGAAGUUUGGUGUUUCCUGGGGCGUUACGUUUGAGCUGGGGAGUAAGCUGAAGACCAAGGCGGGCACUAUGGAUGAGGCCCUCGAGAGCCUCACAGAAGAGACCAAGUAUGGGCGGAUUGCGGUUCCGGACCACAAGGAUGGGGAACAAUGGGGGCCACUGUUCUUCUGUGUCAUCACAAAGGUCUCCGGGAAAUCCUCGAGGUAG